CAAACAAGAGCCUGGGCGGUCACCGUUACGCGAGCGUAGACAGCUCUCCCGCCCAUCUCCGCGCCCACGGACCCUCUGAGGAGUCAGUCUUCGCUUCCCUGCCGCGGCUACAGUACGUAGGCCGUGCGUGCGCUGCAUUCCCCACGAGCAGAGAGCGUGCAAUGGCCAACGGACGACCCAACCAGCUGCUGUUUCUGUCCUCACUCACUUUCCUGCUGGUCAACGCGCUGCCGUAUGAGCCUAAUGCCAAGUACAAUGGGUGGCAGGUGUUGCAAGUGCGGCUGGAAGGGGGGACUCCGGAAGCUCUCGUUCAGGAGUUCCACGACCUUGAAGAUCCACACGAGCUCCAGGUCCUCCGGGUCAGCAGAGUGCCAGACGGAUCAGACUCCGGCCUGGCAGAGGUAGCCGUGUCACCGACUUCCAAGAAGGAUAUCACGGACCUGCUGGACGCGAGGGGCGUCAACUACACGACUGCCCUUUCGGAUCUUGCCCUCAAGCUGGCCGUGGACGAGCCGUCGCUGCGCCAACGGGACCUGCUGCGCGGAACAGCCACGUUCGAGCGGUUCAUGAGCUUCGACGAGAUCCAGGCGCACGUGGAGGAGCUGCCCAACCUGUACCCGGGGCAGGUGACGGUGCGGGAGCUGAGCCGAACCAGGGAGGACCGGCCCAUCCUGCUGGUGACCAUCCACAGCGGCUCGGACAAGAAGAGCCCCGUGAUCUUCGUGGACGGAGGUAUGCACGCCCGCGAGUGGGCGAGCCCGGCGGCGGCGCUGUUCCUGGUGGGCCGCCUGCUGGAGUCGCCGGACCUCACGGGCGACGUCGAGUGGCGCAUCGUCCCGGUCCUCAACCCCGACGGCUACGUGUACUCGUGGACCUCCGAUCGGAUGUGGAGGAAGAAUCGCGGCGUCACGAGGUCGGUCCAGUGCACGGGCGUCGACAUCAACCGGAACUUCGAUUACCACUGGGGAGAGUCGGGGUCCAGCACACGACCCUGUUCCUCCAUCUACCGGGGCAUGAGCGCGUCCAGUGAACCCGAAACAAACGCCCUUAUGACCGCUGUCCUGGAGGAGAGGAAGAGGGUGAAGGCCUAUGUGUCUCUCCACGCCUACGGACAGUUCGUCCUAUAUCCCUGGGGGUUCCGCAGGUCUACGCCCAAGAACAGCGCCGAAUUGGAGGAGGUUGGCAAGGGGAUGGCAGAGGCGAUUCGCACGGUAGAGGGGAAAGACUUCGCUGUUGGGAGCAGCGCAAAGCUCCUCUACCCUGCCUCAGGAGGCUCGGACGACUGGGCGCUGGGCGUGGCCAAGGUGCCCCUGUCCUACACCAUGGAGCUGCGUGACGAGGGCGUGGCCGGCUUCGUGCUUCCGCCGAACCAGAUCCUUCCUGCUGCGAACGAGGCGUGGGCGGCCAUGAAGUCCCUGGGCGAGUACGUGGCCAAGCGCCCGACGCGCGGCGCCGCCAACCUUCGGCCCGCC